CUAGUCCCUGCCCUAUGCGACCCAUGUGAUCCCUGCAGAGCAGAGAGCUUCAGCCCCAAAGAGAGAGCAGGCUGAGUCUCUAGGGAAAGAGAGGGAGAUAGGCAAAACAAGCAAGAGCAGAUAAAGCCUGGAAACCAUCAAGGCGUCCUCGGGAUCUGUUCUGGGGCUCAGAACUGGGAGGCAGAUUCCUGGGAGUGACAAGGGUAAUUACCCAGAAGGAGUGACACAGACCUAUGGAUCAUCACUCACAAGCUCCCCACAGGAGAAACAGCCCCUGUAAAGGACUCCUGCUCACAGCCUCCAUCUUCAGCUGCUGGAUCCAGCCGACACCUGCUCCAGAUGCUCCCAUCAGUAUUGUGACAACGCCACCCUAUGGGGUGGUGGGCAGCAACGUCACCUUGUCCAUCCAAGGCUUCUCAGGGAAAGUUUACAGAUACAACUGGUACCGAAAAUCAACAGAUUUCUCCAACCAAAUCCUUACGUACUACACCCAGACCUCCAAAAAGUCACCGGAAAACAUCCGGGAAAUAAUAUUUGACAAUGGCUCUCUGCUCAUCCCCAACCUUACUCUCAACGACAACGAUGACUACAUCGUCCAAGUUGUUGACCCAGAAUAUAAAGUCAUAACAGUUCACACACAUUUGGAGGUGUAUGCUUUUCGUUCCAGAGGAAUUAUUGAAGCUGGCAUCUUUGUUGGAGUUGUGACUGAGGUGGCUCUGGUUGUAACUGCUGUCUAUAUCCUGUGCUUCAGGAAGGCUGGACGGGCCUCUCAAGACAUGCUAGGAGAUCUAAAUCGAGGAGGGAAGAUUUGUUCAGUCCAGAAAGAAGGUGAAGAUUGCACCCUGUAUGUGAAUAACAUUCACUUCCCACAGAUCCAGAACUCCUCUUUCUCCUCUGCUGACACAUCUGAGAAUAUCUAUCAGGCUCUGGAAGUCACUGACGCAGAUGUUUAUGACAAGAUCGUGCCCCAGAAGAAGCUUUAUUCACAACCUUGGAAAGGGAAAAUCACCAAGUCCUAGACAGUAGAGCAAAAAGGAACUUAGAGGUCACUGAGUCCUCAUGUUACAAAUGAGGAACCCAAGACACCCAGCUAGAAAGUCCAAUUUGAAUCCAGGUCUUCCUCCGGAUCCAGUGCCCUAUCUUCUGAACCUUGCUGCCUAUCACAGGCCCUAAAGAUGCUUUCAGUCUAACCAGUUUUAGUCAUUAAUGUAGGGUUCACAGGCAGCUUUCAAGGGGGAAAGCUGGGAGACCGGUCAUUAGAAGAGUGAAAAGAGUAAGGGCUGAUGGGAGAAGCAUCUAGAUCCCUUUGAUGGGAUGAUGAGAAAGGAAAGGGACCAGGCUUUGUGUGCCUGGACUAGAUGUAAGCCAUAUCAUUGUGGCUGAAUUUUAGACAAGGGAUUCUUGCUCUUCGACCCAACAAUAUCAACACUUCUAUAUUUUCCUAUCUUCUUUCCUUUCAAAUGCCCAUGCUCUCUGCUGCAAAAACUCCACUAUUAGUCGUCUACAUUCAGGAAGUCACAGAAAGCAGUUCCCACAUACACCAAAAUAUUUAUUUUAGCUCUUUUCUGUGAUCAUCAGUAACUGGGAACAAAUUAGAUCCUCCUAAAUUGGACAGAGGAUGAAUAAAUUGUGGAGGGUAAAUGGAAUGAAAUAUUACUGUCCCAAAGAAAAUGAUAAAUAUGAAGCAGAGAAAUAUGAGAAGAAUUAUGCAGAUAGGAAUACUUAAGGUCCGGGGAGGAGAGAACCAUGAACAGUGACUGCAUAGUGACCAAGCCUGUCCCUGGAGAAAAUAUGACAGAAUGCAUUACCCUCUCUUCUGUGUAAAGGUGGGAAAUUAUGGGUGCUGAACGUUGCAUGUAUUCUCAGAUUCAAUCUGACUCAGUUAGUUUCGUUGAAUUGCUUGUUUUUUAACUCCUUCCUAUUGUACUUUGUUACAAGCAGUGGCUUGUUGUAUGGGAAAUGGGGUGGGGGGAGGGUUGGAAAUGUCAGUGAUGUGAAAACAAAAAACAAAAUAUAUAAAUAAUUUAUUCAACUAAAUCUAUUAUAUUUCCUCUGCCACCUCCUCCCCCUGCCACCUGCCCUAAAAUGGUACUUCCUACAUUCUAUCCUAUUAGGCACCCAGAACCAUCACCCAAAUCACUACCAAGAGGAUUAAUUCCUGGGAAAGCUACCUGGAAGAGGUAGCAUCGGAAUUAUUCCCUAAAGGAUGGACACAAAUUCCUGAUAGUAUUGAUUGGUAAUAUUGAUUCCUGAUAGAUUGAAUGGUAAAAAUUAUCUCUACCACCCCCCCCAAAAAAAAAAUUAGGACAAAUCUGGGUAUGAUUUCCAAAGAUCUGGAUAAUACUGUGUGAUGACACAGGAGCCAGGUCUGGAGCUUCAAAAUGAAAAGGAAAAUUUCUAAGACAUUGAAAAAUGUCAGAAAAGGAGGAAAGGAGUAAUCAUCUGGUCUCUCUUUCUACAAAAGACAUGAAAAAUAGUCCCAAGCUGUGCCCUAAUCUGACCAUGUACCCCAUAAAAAUAAAAUUGAGUGAAAAGAGUUCCAGUUUAAUAAGAAGGGUUCUGGGUAGAAGCCCAAAGAGAGGCCUUUUAGCUCCAGCUCUAAACUUGCUUCCUGGGAAUCCUUUCCAGCAUCCUUUUUCACAGUCCCCUUUUCUCCUUCCCCCUACUCAUCGAGUCAAGCUCUCCUUCCCCACACAACUGAGUAUAGAGUUUGUAUUUAUUUUGACAACAACAUACUUAAAAGUACACAUAUUGGAAUGCAAGCUACUUAAAGGCAGUGGCAAUUUUAUUUUUCCCUUGGAUUCUCCCUCCUCUUCAGUGUAUUUGUGGGACACAA